CUAUGGUCGGGCGGGCGGUAUGUUGUCAUCAGUAGAGCGACGGCGGCGGCUGCCCAGCGGACGUUAGGUUUCGGUUUGGCCCUCGGUGGGAUUGUGUUGAAGUGGAGAUGGGAGUCCCCAAGUUUUACCGGUGGAUCUCGGAGCGGUACCCCUGCCUCAGCGAAGUGGUAAAAGAGCAUCAGAUACCUGAAUUUGACAACUUGUACCUGGAUAUGAAUGGAAUUAUACAUCAGUGUUCACAUCCUAAUGAUGAUGAUGUUCACUUCAGAAUUUCAGAUGAUAAAAUCUUUACUGAUAUUUUUCACUACUUGGAAGUGUUGUUUCGCAUUAUUAAACCUAGGAAAGUGUUUUUUAUGGCUGUUGAUGGUGUGGCUCCUCGAGCAAAAAUGAACCAGCAGCGUGGACGGCGUUUUAGGUCAGCAAAGGAGGCAGAAGACAAAAUAAAAAAGGCAAUAGAAAAAGGAGAGACUCUUCCUACAGAGGCUAGGUUUGACUCCAACUGUAUUACACCAGGGACUGAAUUCAUGGCCAGGUUACAUGAACAUCUGAAGUACUUUGUAAAUAAGAAAAUUUCUACAGACAAGUCAUGGCAAGGAGUUACCAUCUAUUUCUCAGGCCAUGAGACUCCUGGAGAAGGAGAACAUAAAAUCAUGGAAUUUAUCAGAUCCGAGAAAGCAAAGCCAGAUCAUGAUCCAAACACCAGACACUGUCUUUAUGGUUUAGAUGCUGACUUGAUUAUGCUUGGAUUAACAACCCACGAAGCACAUUUUUCUCUUUUAAGGGAAGAGGUUCGGUUUGGUGGCAAAAAGACACAAAGGGUAUGCGCACCAGAAGAAACCACAUUUCACCUCCUACACUUGUCUUUGAUGAGAGAGUAUAUUGAUUAUGAGUUUUCAAUGUUAAAAGAUAAGAUCCCAUUUAAAUAUGAUAUUGAAAAGAUAAUAGAUGAUUGGAUUUUGAUGGGAUUUCUUGUUGGCAAUGAUUUUAUCCCCCAUCUACCUCAUUUACAUAUUAAUCAUGAUGCACUUCCUCUUCUUUAUGGAACAUAUAUUACCAUCCUGCCAGAACUUGGGGGUUAUAUUAAUGAAAGUGGGUAUCUCAACUUACUCCGAUUUGAGAAAUACCUUGUGAAAUUAUCAGAUUUUGAUCGGGAGCACUUCAGUGAAGUUUUUGUGGACCUAAAGUGGUUUGAAAGCAAAGUUGGCAACAAGUACCUCAAUGAAGCCGCAGGUGUUGCAGCAGAAGAAGCCAGGAACUACAAGGAAAAGAAAAAAUCAAAGGGCCAGGAAAACUCCCUGUGUUGGGCUGCUUUAGAUAAAAAUAGAGAAGAAGCUGUAAUUUCUAAGGAUCGUUUGGAGGAUGAGACUGAAGAAGAUGACCUAUUUGAAACUGAGUUUAGACAAUAUAAGAGGACAUAUUACAUGACGAAGAUGGGAGUGGACAUAGUGUCUGAUGAUUUUCUGGCUGAUCAAGCUGCAUGUUAUAUUCAGGCAAUUCAAUGGAUUUUGCACUAUUACUAUCAUGGAGUUCAGUCCUGGAGCUGGUAUUAUCCUUACCAUUAUGCACCUUUCCUGUCUGAUAUACGCAACAUCAGUACACUGAAAAUCCAUUUUGAACUUGGAAAACCUUUUAUGCCAUUCGAGCAACUUCUUGCUGUACUUCCAGCAGCUAGCAAAAAUUUACUUCCUACAUGCUACCAGCAUUUGAUGACCAGUGAGGAAUCACCCAUUAUAGAAUAUUAUCCACCUGAUUUUAAAACGGACCUAAAUGGGAAACAACAGGAAUGGGAAGCUGUGGUCCUAAUACCUUUUAUUGAUGAGAAGCGAUUGUUGGAAGCCAUGGAGACAUGUAACCACUUCCUCAAAAAAGAAGAGAGGAAAAGAAACCAACAUAGUGAGUGCUUAAUGUGCUGGUAUGAUAGAGACACAGAGUUCACCUACCCCUCUCCAUGGCCAGAGAAAUUCCCUGCCAUAGAACGAUGUCAUACAAGGUAUAAAGUAAUAUCAUUAGAUGCUUGGCAUGUAGAUAUAAACAAGAACAAAAUAACCAGGGUUGACCAGAAGGCAUUAUAUUUCUGUGGAUUUCCUACUCUGAAACACAUCAAACACAAAUUUUUUUUGAAGAAAAGCGGAGUUCAAGUAUUCCAGCAGAGCAGUCGUGGAGAAAACAUGAUGUUGGAAAUCUUAGUGAAUACAGAAUCAGAUGAAGUUAGUGUAGAAAAUGUAGCAUCAUCGGUGCUUGGAAAGUCUGUCUUUGUUAAUUGGCCUCAUCUUGAAGAAGCCAGAGUUGUUGGUAUAUCCGAUGGAGAAACCAAGUUUUUCAUGGAAGAACCUCCAGGCAUACAGAAGCUUUAUCUGGGAAGAACUGCUCCACCAUCUAAAGUGGUUCAUCUUGGAGACAAAGAACAAUCUAACUGGACAAAAGAAGUACAAGGAAUUUCAGAAUACUAUCUGAGAAGAAAAGGAAUAAUAAUAAAUGAAACGUCUGCAGUUGUAUAUGCUCAGUUACUCACAGGUCAUAAAUAUCAAAUAAAUCAAAAUGGUGAAGUUCAUCUAGAGAAACAGUGGUCAAAACAAGUUCUUCCUUUUGUUUAUCAAGCUGUUGUCAAGGACAUCCGAGCUUUUGAUUCCCGUUUCUCCAAUAUCAAAACAUUGGAUGACUUGUUUCCUCCUAGAAGUAUGGUCUUUAUGCUGGGAACCCCCUAUUAUGGCUGUGCUGGAGAAGUUCAGGAUUCAGGGGAUGUGAUUACAGAAGGUAGGAUUCGGGUGGUUUUCAGCAUUCCAUGUGAACCCAAUCUUGAUGUUUUAAUACAGAACCAGCAUAAAUAUUCUAUAAAGUACAACCCAGGAUAUGUGUUGGCCAGUCGCCUUGGAGUGAGUGGAUACCUUGUUUCAAGGUUUACAGGAAGUAUUUUUAUUGGAAGAGGAUCUAGGAGAAACCCUCAUGGAGACCAUAAAGCAAAUGUGGGUUUGAAUCUCAAGUUCAACAAAAAAAAUGAGGAGGUACCAGGAUAUACUAAGAAAAUUGGAAAUGAGUGGAUGUAUUCAUCUGCCACAGAACAACUUCUUGCAGAGUACAUAGAGAGAGCUCCGGAACUCUUUAGUUAUAUAGCCAGAAAUAGCCAAGAGGAUGUAUUUUAUGAAGAUGACAUUUGGCCUGGAGCAAAUGAGAAUGGUGCUGAGAAAGUUCAAGAAAUUAUUACUUGGCUAAAGGGACAUUCUGUCAGUACGUUGUCUCGUUCUUCAUGUGAUUUACAAAUUCUGGAUGCAACUGUUGUUGAAAAAAUUGAGGAAGAAGUCGAAAAGUACAAGCAAAGAAAGAAUAAUAAGAAGGUACGGGUGACAGUGAAGCCUCAUUUGCUGUACAGACCUUUAGAACAGCAGCAUGGAGUCAUUCCUGAUCGGGAUGCAGAGUUUCGUCUCUUUGACCGGGUUGUGAAUGUGAGAGAGGACUUCUCGGUGCCAGUUGGCCUUCGGGGCACCAUCAUAGGAAUUAAAGGAGCUAAUAGAGAAGCUGAUGUCCUAUUUGAGGUCUUAUUUGAUGAAGAAUUUCCAGGAGGCUUAACAAUAAGGUCCUCACCUGGUAGGGGAUAUCGACUGCCAACAAGUGCCUUGGUGAACCUUUCUCAUGGGAGUCGCUCUGAAACUGGAAAUCAGAAGUUGACAGCCAUUGUGAAACCACAGCCAGCAGUGAAUCACUAUAGCUUGAAUUCAUCAGUAUCAUCUGGCCAUUUGGCGGGCUUGAACCAUUCCUCUCAAUCUCUUUUUGUUUCUACACAAAUACCUACUAAAGAUGAUGAUGAAUUUUGCAACAUUUGGCAGUCCUUACAGGGAUCCAGAAAGGUUCAGCAAUUUCAGCCAACUCUACAAGAGAAGGGUGCAGUUCUACCUCAAGAAUCAAGUCAAGUAAUUCAACAUCAUAAAUCUGGCUUAAAUGACAAUAAUGUUAAAUGUCAGCAAAGAAAACAUGAGCCUCACAGAAAAUUUAAAGAAGAAAAACCUGAGAGUUGGUCACAAAAAAUGUCAAACAAUCAGACAUUUGGACAGCCUGGCAAAUGUAAUACUAAGCUACUGAAGAGAAAUGAAAGUACGGAAGUCUCAGAAAAUCAAAAGGUUAGGACUGGUUAUCUAAAUGCCGUUAAUAAGCCUAACACUGGAUUUGAGGACUUUUUAGCAUCCUUGAAUAUCUCCAAAGCAAAUGAAGCACAGUCAUCUCAUCCUGAAGAGCGUCCAAGUGAAGAACAUUUGUCACCACAGUCAUUUGCUAUGAAGGGAACACGGAUGCUUAAAGAAAUUCUAAAAAUUGAUGGCUCUGGCACUGUGGACCAUAAGAACAAAAUGAAACAGUUUGGUAAUGAAGUCAUUGUUUCCUGUAACAGAAGAGAUGAAUAUGGAACUUCCUCACAGCCUAAACAAAAUGAGAAAUUGACAUCUUAUGUGAACAAGCCUCAAAGUGCUAGAGAGUACCAUCAUGUUCAGUCCAUAAACAAUGUGUCCUGGCCUGCUUCAAGCCAGAUCCCUUCUGUGUCCACACCAGUAACUGAACUCUCGAAAAUUUGUUCCCUUAUUGGAAUGCCACAACCAGACUUCUCCUUUCUUAGAACACCACAGACAAUGAUAGUUUGCCAGGUGAAAUUGCCUAAUGGCUUGCUGGUGCAUGGGCCACAGUGCCAUUCUGAAGAAGAAGCCAAGAUCAAAGCUGCACUUUUUGCUUUACAACAAUUGGGCUCCUUAGGAGUGAAUUUCCCUUUGCCUCCACCGAUAUUUGCAAAUUAUCCUCCUGCUGUACCACCUGGAACCAUUCCUCCAGUUUUUCCCCAAUCUACUGCUAAUAUAAUGCCUUCAUCAUCUCAUUUCUUUGGCUCAGUGCCAUGGGGAGCACCAGUGACAGUUCCUGGAAAGCCCUUUCAUCAUACUUCAUAUUCUGGGGCCAUGCCCAUGGCUGGGGGAAUGGCAGGUGGUUUGCACAAUCAAUUCAUACCUCUACAGGUCACUAAAAAAAGGGUUGCAAACAAAAAGAACUUUGAGAAUAAGGCCCAGAGUUCUCAAGCCACCCCACUUCAGACUAGCCAGCCAGAGUCUUCUGAUGUCACCAAAGUGAUUCCACAGGAGAGUUCAUCAGCUCCCUUCAAAUCCUCUCAGAUUACUCAGCCUGCAUCUUCCUUUCAAGUUGAAGCUGCCUCUCAAGGCCAUAGUAUGUCUCACCGUAAGUCAGCACCCAGCUCUUCUUCAAGAAGAAAAUCAAGAAAACUAGCUGUCAAUUUUGACAUUUCUAAAUCUUCUGAAUAAAUGUGGUACUUGGAGUUAAAUUAACUUAUUUUCACCCAUCUUUUUAUAAAUCUAUAUCGGUGUCUCAUAAAAAAAAUAGAAUGCGCAAUUUUAAAAUAAUAUGUUUCAAUUGAAAAAUUUUAAGUUGUGGAGCACUUUUCAUGCUGUUUAAAAGACUAUAUAUCAAAUUGUGCAUCUUAAAUAUGUGCAGUUUGCUUUAUGUUAAUUAUACUUCACUAAAGCUAUUUUUUAAAAAGAAUAAAUUUAAAGCUUGUGUGAAAAUAAUACUAGCAGACUAAGCAUUAAAAUGGACGACUCUGACUACUGAGUCCUGCACUAUGAAUUAGACAUCAUAUUGCAAUAAUAAUAAACAUUUUUUACACCAUCAUUGAGGGAUAAUUAAAUGGAGCAUGAAAAUUGGGCCCCAAGUACAAUUUACUGGAUAUGAAUUUCAUUUUUUUUAAAUGAUGUAACAGAAUUGUCAGGAGACUGCCUCUUAUGUACAUGUAUUUUAAUGUAUCUUCUAUUGUCUUUGUGAGUCUGGUAGACCUGCUCUGAACUGAUUACACUGCAUGGUGCUGCCAGUUUUGCUUUAUUCCAAAUUUUGUACCAAAGCAACUUUAGAAUACUGGUCAGAAUAUUUCACUUAGCUACUUACAAUUAUAAAUAGCAAUCUAGAUUUAAGCAACUAAUUACUGUAUUUGUAGAUAUUCAAUAACCAGCAUUUAUAAUUUUGAAUAAAAUUAAGUUUCAAAAUUUACAGGGUACAAUGAUUAUAAAUUAAUCUUCCAGUAGAAUCAAGUAGAAGCUAUUAAUCAUGAUAACUAAUGAUGUUGCAUUAUUAUUUUGUAGAGCUCACUUGCACAGCUGCACUAAAUGUUGGUCCCCGUUUAGUGCUUCCUGGCUGAGGGAAUUCUAGUUCUAAUAUCCAAGCACAUGUAUUACAAGCACAAUACCAUUGUGGUGUGCAUUAUUUCCAUUGUCUCCCUGCUGCCUGGUCAGCACCAGCACUUGGUCUUUGCAUGUCUUGUCGGGGGUAUUGUUCAAGCUCUGGCUCUUAGUAUUCUUUUAAAGUUUUUGAAAAUUUAUCAGUAGCCCUGGGACUGAAUUUUUAUAUAUAUUUUUAUCCUUUAGUUUUUAUGAUGUGCUUAUAUUUUUAAGGAAAUAAGUUAUCUUUUUUCUUUUUAAGUUAGAACCACAAUUUUUAUAUGGAGUUGCUUCUUAUAUCUAACUUCAUUGAGUGCAUUGGACACUCUGCCAUGAGUCUUAGAGUGGUCUCUCUGUUUAAAGUGCUGGCCUUGACCAAGUGGAUUCCUUUAACUGCUGGUUUCAGAGUUUCUCUAAAUGUGUAUAAGCUAUUUGUAUAUUAAUAGUGCCUUUAGUAUAAGAGGUAAAUGUUCAUUACCUAUCAUUUGUUAUGGUCAUGUGAGUCUGUGAUCUUAAUUUCUUUCCUAGAUUUACACUUCAGCAGGGUCCAGCAGUUCCUUUUUGAGAGUGUUUCUUUUAUCUCUAGUAGGAUCUUGAAUAAUUAUGUUCAAAUAAUUCUCAGCAUUUGUCUUUGUUGCCUCACAAGCUAUUUGUUUUAAAAGGAAAUAUCUGUUAUGGGAAUACAAUACAAAAAAGUUAAAUUGUGACAGUAAUGUUCUAUUUAAAGUAUAUAAUGUUUUUCACCUUCUGUAACUAUACAAACUCCAGCAUUCAAUAAUUGCCUCCCACAUCACUUCUGUGGGACCACUCUAUAAACAGUGCACAGCUCACAGAUUUUUUUAGAUCACAGAGCAAGGAAUGCGCACCAACUGAAAACUCCAAGAAAAAUUUCAGUAAGCAUGAUGCCACUGAACUAGUAAGGAUAUUCCCGUAUCUGAGCAAAAAGCAAAUUGAUAGUUCUAUAUGGAUAGGCAGUAAACAUGUUUCUCUUUGUUCCUUCUUCUCUUUUUUUAAAAACAUAUUAUCCUAAAGGUCAACAGUAAAGAGAUUAUGGAAGGGAGCUCUGUAAUGACUAGGCAUUGCUCUGUAUUCUUUUCCCCAUGUAGACUUACUCUAAAUGUGGGCCCAACAUCCAUAGGAGAUGUGCCCUCCCUGUGGGGAUAGGCUGUUUUAUCUCAUGAAAUUUUGAGGAGAGUGGACCCAUUGAUAGUUUGGGAAACUUACAGUUUUUUUCUUUUUGGGUGGGGCCGACUCAACCACCCCAAAGUUUAGUUAUCUGUUUGUUCCACAAUUGGAUCUGCUGUGGAGCGUUGAAGAUGCCGAAGAGCAGGGUCGCCAGAGGCUCUCAUGUUUCCACAUAACUAACUGGAGCAGUUAAUUUUAAGUAUUCUUGUUCAGUAAUGUUUCUUUUCCUUUCUUUUUGAGUGAAGUAAGUGAAUUUAGAAGCUUGAUCUUCCCAGUUUCGUUGUUUCUGUUCACAAUUUCUGACAUUACCUGAGCUUUAUAAUUUGGCAGAAAGAAUGUACUAAUUGAUUUAAACAUUGAGUAGACCAAAGUCUUAAACAUCUGAUGAUAAAAAGAUAAAGAGAUCCUUUUUACUCCCUAUUGAGAGGAAGGACGAAGAACUUGAGGCAGGUUUUUUGUUGUUUACUUCUUUUUCUCUGAUCAGGUAUUUGCUUUAAAUUUAGACUGAUACUUUCAAACUUAUCUUAGUUUUUAAAAUACUGGGGAGAGAGAAGGUGGUUGGAAUAAGGAAACCAGUUAAAUAAGACAUAUCCAAUCACUGCUUUGUCAGACUAUUUUAUAUCUUCUAGCUCAAGGAAGCAGAUAAGCUUUAGGAUCUGUUUCAUUUACUUUUUAAGCAUCUGUUUUAUUUCUGUGAGUAAAUCAUACAUUUGCAUAGUGGUUGUCUUCUUUUUACCUGAAGAUAGAAUUGGAGAUCCAUUAUAGUUCUACCAUGCUUCAUCUCAUUGGUCCACAAUUUUUAAAACAACUGUGUACAAUAGCCCAGCUUUUUGAGCUUGGUGUUUACCUGUAAACAUAAUUUUUUCCAAUAGUUUCAGCAGUUGGUAUGCUGCCUAGGCCCACCAGUUAAGUUUCUAUAGAUGUUUCAGUCACUUGAAGCCAAAUCCCUUUCCCAUUUCUAAUGAAAUAAUAUAAGAGAAUUUGGUCCACAGUUUGCUUUAAGUUCUUUUCUUUCUUUCUUCUCUUUGUCUUGGGGUUUUUUUGUUUUGGUUUGGUUUGGGUUUUUGCCUCUCAUCCCUUACAUUUUAUUUUGCCUGCACAUAGUUGCUUUGUAGAGUGUUUUCAUAUAUUUUGAUAUAUGAGUAAGAACGUGCUGUGUCAUCAAAUGUUCCACAGUUUGUUCAUUUAAACAAUAUGAUUAAGUAUAAGUCAUACAUGUAUAUUUUAAUUCCUUUCUUUUCUCACAUAACUAUUUUAUAAGUAACUAGAAUUUUUCAUCAGAUCUUAUACAGAGCAAUAUUUUAUUAAAAACUCAAAAGGGAAGAAACUUUUAUGCUCAUUUUGUAGUUUUUUUUUAAAUAUCUUUACAUUAUCUGCAAUUAAAGUGUUUUAAACUUGCAUUAGAAUGGACUUCAAAUGUAUUAUUGUGUUGUUCAUUUGUAAAUUUAUAGCAUGAAGUUAGCCUCAAAACAUUGUGCAAAAAGAUUUUUAAGUGUAAUAAUCACUGAAAGAGUUUAAACAUUGUACAUGUUAAAUGCUAUAUGGAUUUUAAUUAAACACUUGAGAAUGAUUUUA